UGCGUGAAGCACAGAUUAAAUAAUAUUAUGUGAUUGCAUCAGUUUUAUGCUUUAGUGGUAAAUUUAUAUAUACCGAUUGUGAGUUGUGAUGGCAGACGUUUCAAGUAGGGGAGCAAAGCGUUCUCAACCACCAUGGUCCCCACCUACUGGGACUCCCAUCCCAAAGUUGAAGUUAUACAACAGUUUGUCACGCCAGAAAGAGGAGUUUGUUCCACAAUUUGGUAAUAAAGUUUUAUGGUACAGCUGUGGCCCUACUGUAUAUGAUGCCUCGCACAUGGGACAUGCCAGGUCUUAUAUAUCAUUUGAUAUUAUGCGAAGGAUACUCGCACAGUACUUCCACUAUGAUGUGUUUUAUGUUAUGAACAUCACAGAUAUUGAUGAUAAGAUCAUAAAAAGAGCAAGACAGAAUCACCUAUGGUACCAGUACCUUGAAGAAAAACAAAAAGAGGAAGUACCACAAAUAAUAGAAGAUAUAAAUAUAGCACUUAAGCCAUACCAAAGUAAGAUGGAAACAACCACUGAUCCAGAUAAACGUACAAUGCUAGAAAAGGGAAUUGUUAAAGUAACUGAAGCAUUAGAUCACAUCCAGAAACUGCAUACUGAAAAUAAUAGAGAUAUUAGCCAGAAUGAUAAAAAGAAACUGUUGGAGGCUGCCAAGGAUCCUCUAGCGGAUUGGUUGGAUAGUCAACUAGGAGCAGAAGUGACAGACAACUCGAUAUUUGCAUCACUACCUCGCUAUUGGGAGGAAGAGUUUUAUAAAGAUAUGGAAGCCUUGAAUGUUUUGCCUCCAGAUGUGGUAACUCGUGUUAGUGAAUAUGUCCCAGAAAUUGUUGCUUAUAUUCGAAAGAUCAUUGAAAAUGGAAUGGCGUAUGAAUCACAAGGGUCAGUCUAUUUUGAUACUGGUAAAUUCGACCAGACACCAAACCACCACUAUGCUAAAUUGGUUCCUGAAGCAUAUGGAGACAGCCAAGCUCUUGAAGAAGGAGAAGGUGACCUGAGUAUCUCUGAUAACAAAUUAAAUGAGAAGAAAAGUCCAAAUGAUUUUGCAUUGUGGAAAAGCUCCAAACCAGGUGAACCCUCGUGGGACUCGCCAUGGGGAAAGGGUCGACCAGGAUGGCACAUAGAGUGUUCUGUCAUGGCCAGUGCUCUUCUUGGAGAGUCACUUGAUAUCCAUACAGGAGGAUAUGACCUCAAGUUCCCUCACCACGAUAAUGAAAUAGCCCAGGCCGAAGCUUACUUUGAUAAUGACCACUGGAUACAGUAUUUUCUACAUACGGGCCAUCUGACAAUAGCAGGCUGCAAGAUGUCAAAAUCACUAAAAAAUUUCAUCACCAUCAAAGAUGCUCUUGCAAAACACACAUUUCGACAGCUUAGGUUUGCUUUCUUACUGCACUCCUGGAAAGACACAUUAGACUACAGUGAGAACACUAUGGAAAUAGCUGUACAGUAUGAAAAAACUGUGAAUGAAUUUUUUCUGAAUGUAAAAAAUAUUCUGAGGACAACUCCAGCUCAUGGUAUUGAAGCUUUCCAGAAGUGGAGUGAACAAGAACAUCAGUUGAAUGAUAAGUUUUAUGAAAAACAAGCAGGAGUGCAUGAAUCAUUAUGUGAUAACAUUGACACCCGAGGAGCAUUAGAACACAUACGUGAUCUAAUCACAGCUAGCAAUGUGUACAUUAGGGACAAAAAAGGAGACAAAGAACUUCCGAACAGACUACUAUUGAAAAAUAUAGCCUCAUAUAUCACUAGACUUUUUAAGAUAUUUGGUGCUAUUGAUGCAGAAGAUUCUGUUGGUUUUCCACAAGGAAUGGCUGCAUCAGCCAAUGUUGAAGAAAAUGUAAUGCCAUAUCUAACUGCACUUGCUGAUUUCCGGGAGAGAGUUCGACAUGCAUCACGGGAACUCAAAGCUGUAGAUAUUUUGAAGCUGUGUGAUGACAUGAGAGACAAUGUGUUACCACAGUUGGGAGUUCGUUUAGAAGAUCAUGAAGGUCUUCCUCCCGUAGUCAAGCUGGUUGAUAAAGAAACUUUGCUAAAAGAAAGAGAGAUGAAACUAAAGGCAGAAGAGGAAAAGCGCUUGGAAAAAGAAAGGAAAAAACAACAACAGUUAGAAGCUCAAGCAGCCAAAGAUGCUCAGCGAAAAAUUCCUCCUUGGGAACUAUUCAAAUUAGAAACUGAUAAAUAUUCCAAGUUUGAUGAAAAGGGAAUGCCAACACAUGAUAUAGAAGGAAAAGAACUUAGUAAAGGACAGCUGAAAAAGUUGACAAAAAUUUACCAGGCCCAAGAAAAGAAGUAUAAUGACUUUGUAAAAUCAUAAGAUAAUGAAAAUACAUAUACAAAAAACAGUCCACAAUUUUAUUAAAGUGAAAUUCUGUAUUAUUGCGAACACCUUAAAUUAAACUGACAUUAACCUGGCUUAUGUGUUUUUGUAAAAUAUUUAAAUUAGGCAACUUGUGCUCAUUAUCUGACACAUUAGUUUCUCUGUACACCUGGACAUCAAAUGAAAAAACAACAAAUGUGACAUUGUAGUUUUGUAGGAUAAAGAUGUAAUUACUUACAACUGAGGUGAUUAACCAGUGAUUCAUGAAACACUUAAGACUUCAUUUUUAACUUGGAUCAAUUUUUUUUUUUUGCAUGCAGUAUUUUGGUAUUUUAUGACAUUAAACUUUGAAAAAUCAUGUGAAUUACAUAAAGUGUAAAAAUAACACUCAGAAAAAUACUGCUAUAAAUUAUAUGUAUCUGGAUAAUUCAACCCUAUGUGAAACAUUAAUCCAUAUUUUCUGUGUGGAAUUGAAAGUCUUCAUUUUUUGAAGUGUAGCACUUCAUCAAGAAUUAUAUUGCUGACUUUUAAAAAGUUUAAAUUUUUUAGUUGUUCUGUAAUAACUUAUUUACUAUUAAUCUUUUGAAAACUUUGAUUUUUUAUGCAAGAUUUACACGUAAAAAAUGUGUAUCAAUUAAUAACAGAGCAUAGAUAUGAAAAACUGCAUUCACUGUUUUAACAUAAUAUGGAUCUCUAUGAAUAUGUAGUAAUGUUAUACAUUUUGUGUGGAUUGUUUCUGUAGGAAAUAAAAUUUGAAUAUACUGUUCCAAAUAAAUGUUACCAUAAAACUGUUACACUGUCCUUCAAUAACUUAAGUUCAUCACCAUUAAUACUAAUGUAGUACAUAUAUAUACAAAGACAAUAUAAUCCUUAAUUUAACAUAUUUUAAACAUUACAUAAACUUUUCAGAAUACAAAACAUUUUGUCUAACAGAGUCCAUGCUACGCGUGUAGGUUCACAUAAAAUAUUGUAUUUUUUGUGGAGUUUUGAAUUAGUAUUAAUAUUGUUACCAUUGCUAUAAGUGAUUUUAUUUUAUUAAAGGAUGGUGUAGAAGAAAUUUAACUAACUAAAUAUAUAUAUAUACUUGAAACUAGUAAGUGACUGUAAUAGUUUUUCUUCUGACCUGAUUUUACAUUCUAUAUAACAUUGAGGUAAAUUAAGGCUGGUUGUAUCAAGGUAAAAUUAAUAUCUUUCUUAGCCCUACUGCAAUGUAAAUAAAACAUUUAAUUUCUCUUGCCCGAGUAUUUGUAGUUUGUGAAGUUACCUUCCAUACAAUGAAUUGCAGAGAUUAAAUUAAAACUACUUGUUAA